AUGGAUUUCACAGAAGCAUAUUCUGACCGAUGCUCAGCUGUGGGUCUUGCAGCCAGAGAGGGAAAUGUUGAAAUACUGAGGAAAUUAAUAAAUCAGGGAUACAGCAUCGAUGUUCCAGAUAACAGGAGGUGGGUGCCAAUCCACGAAGCUGCAGCCCACAAUUCCAGUGAGUGUCUGAAGCUGCUCAUUGAUGCAGCUCCAUCUGAUGACUACAUACACUCGAGGACCUUUGAAGGGUUGUGUGCUUUGCACCUCUCGGCACGCCAUGGAUCUGUGGAGUGUCUUCAUGUGCUCCUGGAAGCUGGGGCUGACCUCAACAAUGUCACCACUGAAGCCACCACCCCACUCUUCCUAGCUGUUGAAAAUAAACAUACAGAGGUUGUGAAGUUUCUGCUCCAGCAUGGAGCAAAUGUGGAAGGUCCUCAUUGUUGGUCUGGAUGGAAUUCCUUGCACCAAGCAGCUUUCCAGGGUUCCACUGAGAUAAUGAAAGUACUUCUGGAGAAAGGGGCAAGCAAGAACUAUAGGGAUGACUUUGGAAUUACACCUCUGUUUGUGGCUGCUCAGUAUGGCCAGCUGGAGAGCUUACGACUGCUUGUGUCCCAUGGUGCAGAUAUCAACUGCCAAGCCAAGGACAAAGCCACUCCCUUGCUGAUUGCUGCACAGGAGGGACACUUGGAGUGUGUGAAACUGCUGUUGACAGCAGGGGCAGAUCCAAACCUCUACUGCAACGAGGAUAACUGGCAGUUGCCCAUUCAUGCAGCAGCUGAAAUGGGCCAUGCAAAGAUACUAGAGCUGCUCAUACCAGUCACUGAUCGGCUUUGUGACAAAGGCAAGGGCAAAGUGAGCCCCGUGUAUUCUGCAGUGUAUGGUGGGGAUGAAGAGUGUUUGGAAAUGUUACUCAAACAAGGCUUCAGCCCAGAUGCUCAGGAGUGCCUUGACUUUGACUGCAGAUCCCCCAUGUGCAUGAUCUUCCAAAAAGAGUAUUUUCAGUUCAUUGAUGUUCUCCUGAAAUAUGGGAUCACCCUCCGUGGGAUUAAUUUGGGACACUGCCUGUGCCACAAGAAGUUUGCUUUGUUUCAGCACUUCCUGAAGUUGGGCUGUUCCCUCCCCUCAGGGGAUGAAUUACCAGACUUCAUCCACUACAGCCAUACAGUGCAGAAGGAAUACAAGGAAUGGCUGCCCUCCCUGCUCCUGGCAGGCUUUAAUCCCAUGAAUUUUAUGUGCAAACUGUGGAUUUUCUCUGCCAGCGAGAAUGUCCUUAAUUUCAUCCUGGAGUUCAUGAACUGGAGUAGACUUCCUCCAGCUGUGGAGCAACACCUUUCCCAGUACAAGGAGAAGUUCACUUGGACUCCCAAGAGCCACUUUGCCUUCAUUCCUUCCCUGUCUCAUCUGUGUCGCCUGGAGAUCCGUUCCCUGGUACGGAGCGAGCGCCUGCGAUCAGCCUGCGUUAUCCGGGAAUUGCCGUUGCCAGCUUGCCUCCAGGACUACCUGCUCUACUUGGAUGUGCUGCAAGUCCAUGCUAUCCCAGACUCGGAGGAUUCCCUGGGACAGGGAGAGGAGGGAGCUCCUUCUACCAGUCACUCCGUGGCUGAGGAUACAGAAAGGAGGGACACCAGUAACACCAGUGCCUGA